UCUCCCUUUGCCAAUAUGUCAGCUUCCAUGAUUCUCAAUGUGACAUUUCAUACACCAACGUGAUUCGGUGAAACCAGUGUCUGUCCACUGUGACGAGCUAUAUGUUAAUGUUGAAAAACCAAAUAUGGCAGCGUAUUACCGGAACUAUGUAAUUAAAAGGAUUGUCCAGACCCUCAACAAGAAAGGCGCCGGACCAGCUGACCUGCAGAGAGACGUCCGUCAAAUCAUCAAGCUCUCUCAAGCUACCAAGAAAUAUCGGUGUACUGAUCACCAGCUGCAGGUGUCAGUGGGGGCAGGUGACGGAGGGAGGCAGCUUGAUGUGGCAAGUGUUGAGACAGAAUUACAGCAGGAUGCACACACAGACAUCGAAGCAGUGACAGCAGACAAGAGAAACCUAUACAUCAAGAUCAAGAAUCACAAGUUUAACCAGCACAUCCUCAGGACAAUUCAGCAUCAGAAAGAGCUGUAUGGUUAUAAAUCUGAAGAUGAUCUCAGCACCGUCACGGGACAGCAAAUGGUUGUAGAGUACAGUUCACCAAACAUAGCAAAGCCUUUCCACACUGGACAUCUGCGGUCAACCAUUAUAGGAAACUUUGUCUCCAAUCUGUUUGAAGCUGUAGGUCACAGGGUCACUCGGCUCAACUACCUCGGUGACUGGGGAACUCAGUUUGGCCUAUUGUUGACUGGUUACCAUAGAUACGGAGAUGCACACAAGUUGUCUGUAGACCCCUUGCUCCAUCUGUUUGAGGUAUACGUCAAGAUAAAUCAUGAUGUUCAAGCAGAGAAAGCCAAGGGGGAGAGACACACAUAUGAAGAAGCCCUGGCAACGUUCUCUCGUCUAGAGACAGGUGAUGCUGAUGUCGUGAACAUGUGGAAAGAGUUUCGACAAGUCAGUCUGGCAGAAUACAACAAGAUAUAUCAGAGGCUCGGGAUACGGUUCAGUGAAACCCACACUGAGUCCAUGUAUGACGAGGCGACCAAGACCCUGAUGAAGCAUCUCACUCAAGCUAACAUAUUACACACAGAUGAUGCUGGAGUUGGUUAUGUGGAAAUUGCCAAGAGGAAGAACGAGGAGAAGACCGAGGAGAUGGAGAAGGUGAAACUAGUCAAGAGUGAUGGCACCAGUCUGUAUCUGUCCCGGGAUAUAGCUGCGGCCGUCGACCGAGUCAACAAGUACAGAUUUGACAGGAUGCACUAUGUGGUGGACCACAGCCAGAGAAACCACUUCCUGCAGCUCCAGAGCGUCCUUGACCUUCUGGGUCACCAAUGGAGCCAACAGUCUCACUUCCACAUCCCGUUUGGUCGUGUGGAAGGGAUGAGUACUCGUCGUGGGGAGGUCGUGUUUCUGCGUGACCUCUUGGAUGAGGCCCAGGGCCGGAUGAGGCAAACGCUGAUUGAGAAAGACACAACUCGGGCGGACAUUGACGUGGAGGGGGUUGCGGAUGCUUUGGGGAUCUCCUCCAUCAUCGUCCAGGACCUGAAGGAGAGACGGACCAGCAACUACAAGUUCAGCUGGGAGCGCAUGCUCAACUUUAAGUCAGACUCCGGCGUCUUUCUACAGUAUUGUCAUGCCAGACUCUGCAGCAUACAGAGAUCCUUCAGUGACGAAGAUGCUGAUGUUGGUGAUGGCCAACAACUGAGAGAAGACACCGCCGGUCGACUCAUCCUGCAUCUAGCCAGUUAUCCUGAUGUCGUACAAGAAUCACUCCGAAGUCUUGAGCCGUACCACAUUGUCCAUUAUCUCUUCAGAUUAGGGCAUAUGGUCAAUGCAGCGUACAAACACCUACCAGUGAAAGGUCAAGACGCUGCCACUGCACAGGCCCGACUGGCCCUGUUUGACUGCAGCCGCCAGACACUCUCUAAUGGCCUCACGCUCCUGGGCAUCACACCACUACAGAAAAUGUAACAAACCUGCUGUUGUCAUUCCUGUAGUAACAAACAAUAAAAUCAUGUACUUAGA